AUGAAAAGUAUCGAUAGUUUGGCAAUAGUUAAUAUUUAAGCAGUCGGUUAUGAUAAUAUCUAUCAGUCGGUGUGAGUGUAUGAAAGGAAUUUUAUGAGGUGUUUUAACGCUAGCUAACAUACUACAGCUUAUGUUAGCCUUGUUAACGUUAACGUUACAUCAGGGCUGUUGAUGCUUUCCACUGAGGACCCAUGCUGACAGGAGAAACACUGACCGCAGUUUACCAGUGAGGACUGUGGAGUAGCUGCUGCACAUCAGGCAGUCAUGGUGAAGAAAAAGCGUCUUCGCCUCAUAGCCGAAAUGGCUCGGAAGAUCCGGGCGUACCGAGAGCUCAAGUCCCGGCCGCGGGAGUCCCAGAAGUACGCCCUGGACUAUGAGACGAUGAAGCGGCCUCACACGGGAAAGAUGCUGCCUGUGCUGGCCUGGCAGGAUGUCCGCAGGGAGAGUCGCCUCUUCUCUCUGCUGGCAGGCAUGAGGCUGUUCGGAGUGGGCCGCCUCUUUACCCGCAAGUCGUGGCUGGAGGACCACACCGAGCCCAGCUACUGGCAGAUCACCAAGGUCAAGGUGGACUACACAGCUGAGAACAUGGAUCACGGCAGAGCAUGGGGGAUCCUCACCCACAAAGGAAAGCAGGAGAGCGAGGUCAAGGAGGUAGACAAGGUGAUGUACCAUGACUGGCGCCUGAUUCCCAAACACAUGGAGCACCAGAUCAAGGACUUUAAGCCGCUCCCUGAGCCACCUGUGCGCUACGUCCCCUACCCGCCCCUGCUUCGCGCUAUGCUGCUGGCCCAGUACAAGAAGACAGUGGGCAGCGUAAUAGCCGAGGAGCCAGCCUUGCCUUUAAAGAGGGACGUCCUGCUCAACAAAGACUAUUUCCGCAAGCAGGAGCAAGAGACGCGGAGGACAGAGGGGACAGCGGUGUGAUACUCAUGGUUCUGAAGAUGCAAAUCUUGGACAUUUUGAACCAAAUCCGUUUUAUGUACAUUGGAAGCCCUCGGCUCAGUGUCCCGAUAAAUCCUGGACUCAAAGGAGUUCUCUGCUAUUUUCAUCUGAAGCAGGCCUCUUUGGUUGUAAUGUGCAUCUGUGUAAUGUGGUAAAUAUUAAACUUGAGAUGAAAAUAAA